AUGAGGGGCGGCAAGAGGAUAGCCUGGCAGCCGCAGCCUCCCACUCACCAGGCGGUGGCUGCGGCACUGACAGUCGCCACCGCGGAGCCCCAGCCGCCGACCCCCCGCCGCAGCAGCGGACGCAAUUGCAAGCGCCGAGCAGAGUGGGAGGUCGAGGUUGAUGCCGAGCCGGAGCCGGAGCCAGCGGUGCCGCUGCAGGCUGCCGCCGCUCCCCGCCAGCCGCGCCGCCGCAAGAAGGCGCGGCGGGUGGUGUCGCUGGAGGAGCCCGAGCCCGAGCCAGCCGUGCCGCAGCCGCCGACGCCGCCCGGCCUCGCCGCAGCCGCCGCGCACGACGCCGAGCUGCGCCCCGCCCCCUGCGCGGGCUGCCCGCUGUACACGCUGCCGGGCGGCGUGACUGUGGCCGUUGUCAGCCGGCAGGAGCACCUGGCGCCAGCUCUCAUGCUGCUCAGGGAUUCCAUGCCCACCCCAUACAUCGCUAUCGACCUUGAAUGGCCCUCCACGGAUGUGCCAGCAUACUCCCACUCCUUCCAGGGGGUGGCCCUGGUGCAGCUGGCCAGCGCAGACACAUGUGUACUGGUGCGCACGUGCCUACUGGGCUUCCCGCGAGAGCUGUCCAACUUUCUGCGGGACCCCAGCAUCUGCUUCAUCGGCAUGCACUGGGGCACCCAGGAUGCGGACAAGAUGCAUGACAGCUUUGGCUGGCACCACUGCGACUUCCACGGCGGCUUUGUGGAUGCAGGCACGCGCAGCAUGGCCAGGCAGGCGGGCUACCCCAGACCGGGGCUCAAAGGCAUGGCUGAGAGCCUGUUUGCCAUCGACCUGCCCAAGAGCAAGAAGGCGAGAACUUAUUUUUGGAAGAGGGUCACGCUGUCCAACUGGGCGGCGGCCAGCCUGAGCGGCAGCCAGGUCCGCUACGCCGCCCUGGACGCCCUGUUCACCUUCCACAUCUACGAAGCACUGGCCGCCGCCGCCGACGCCAACAGCUGA